UUGUCCGCCCCGGAGCCCAUUCUCCGCAUCUCCAAGACCCCUGAACCCCGGAGCCCGCGCCCUGUGGCCGCCCUGGCCCAGGAGCGCUAGGAUCUCAAGAGGGGUCUGGGAGCUGCACCAAAGGAGGAGGACCCAGGCCCGCAGCGUGGUGCGUUGCCCAGCCCAGCCCAGCCCAGCCCAGCCUGAGUGAGAUAAAUCACUGCAGGAGCGGAAGAUGACAAGCUCUGUGGCAUCCUAUGAGCAGCUGGUACGGCAGGUGGAGGCCUUGAAGGCCGAGAACAAUCACCUGAGACAGGAGCUUCGAGACAACUCAAGCCACCUGUCUAAGCUGGAGACGGAGACAUCUGGCAUGAAGGAGGUCCUGAAGCACUUACAAUGCAAGCUGGAGCAGGAGGCCCGAGUGCUGGUGUCCUCAGGGCAGACUGAGGUGCUGGAGCAGCUGAAAGCCCUGCAGAUGGAUAUCACCAGCCUGUACAACCUAAAGUUCCAGCCCCCUGCUCUGGGCCCCGAGCCUGCUGCCCGCACCCCUGAGGGAAGCCCGAUACAUGGCUCUGGGACCUCCAAGGACAGCUUUGGGGAGUUGAGCAGGGCCACCAUCAGGCUGCUGGAGGAACUGGACAGGGAACGGUGUUUCCUGUUGAAUGAGAUUGAGAAGGAAGAAAAAGAGAAGCUCUGGUACUACUCUCAGCUGCAAGGCCUGUCCAAGCGCCUGGAUGAGCUCCCGCAUAUGGAAACUUUCUCCAUGCAGAUGGACCUGAUCCGGCAGCAGCUUGAGUUCGAAUCCCAGCACAUCCGUUCACUAAUGGAGGAACGAUUUGGUACCUCUGACGAGAUGGUGCAGCGGGCGCAGAUCCGCGCUUCACGCCUGGAACAGAUCGACAAGGAGCUACUUUCUGCACAGGACCGGGUGCAGCAGACGGAGCCCCAGGCCCUGCUUGCAGUAAAGUCGGUGCCAGUGGACGAGGACCCUGAGACUAAGGGCCCCAUGCACCCGGAGGAUGGUGCCCCUCAGCCAGGCAACAGCAAGGUGGAAGUGGUCUUCUGGCUGCUGUCAAUGCUGGCGACGAGGGACCAGGAGGACACAGCUCGCACACUGCUCGCCAUGUCCAGCUCUCCUGAGAGCUGUGUGGCUAUGCGCCGCUCAGGCUGCCUGCCACUGCUGCUGCAGAUCCUUCACGGCACAGAGGCUGGGGCUGGGGGUCGAAACGGGACCUCUGGAGCGCCUGGAGCUAAGGACGCACGCAUGCAUGCCAAUGCAGCGCUACAUAACAUCAUCUUCUCCCAGCCAGACCAGGGACUGGCGCGCAAGGAGAUGCGCGUCCUGCAUGUGCUGGAGCAGAUCCGCGCCUACUGUGAGACCUGCUGGGACUGGCUGCAGGCCCAGGAUGGAGAGUCUGAGGGAGACAGGGUGGGCCAUGCCCCGGUCCCCAUUGAGCCUCAGAUCUGCCAGGCCACCUGUGCAGUGAUGAAGCUGUCGUUCGAUGAGGAAUACCGCCGUGCCAUGAAUGAACUGGGUGGGCUGCAGGCUGUGGCAGAGCUACUACAGGUGGACUAUGAGAUGUACAAGAUGACCCGGGACCCGCUGAACCUUGCCCUGCGCAGAUACGCUGGCAUGACCCUCACCAACCUCACCUUCGGGGAUGUUGCCAAUAAGGCCACACUGUGUGCCCGGCGGGGCAGCAUGGAGGCCAUCGUGGCCCAGCUGGCUUCGGAGAGUGAGGAUCUCCAGCAGGUGGUAUCUAGCAUCUUGCGCAACCUGUCGUGGCGGGCUGACAUCAACAGCAAGAAGGUCCUGAGGGAGGUUGGCAGCAUGACCGCCCUGAUGCAGUGUGUCCUGCGAGCCUCCAAGGAGUCCACCCUGAAAAGUGUGCUCAGCGCCCUGUGGAACCUGUCAGCGCACAGCACAGAGAAUAAAGCAGCCAUCUGCCAGGUGGAUGGUGCCCUGGGCUUCCUGGUGAGCACGCUGACUUACAAGUGCCAGAGCAACUCGCUGGCCAUCAUCGAGAGCGGCGGGGGCAUCCUGCGCAAUGUGUCCAGCCUCAUCGCCACCCGCGAGGACUAUAGGCAGGUGUUGCGGGACCACAACUGCCUGCAGACUCUGCUGCAGCACCUGACGUCACACAGCCUGACUAUCGUGAGCAAUGCCUGUGGCACGCUCUGGAACCUGUCUGCCCGCAGUCCACGUGACCAGGAACUGUUGUGGGACCUGGGCGCCGUGGCUAUGCUGCGAAACCUUGUGCACUCCAAGCACAAAAUGAUUGCCAUGGGCAGCGCUGCCGCCCUGCGCAACCUGCUGGCCCACCGGCCUGCCAAGUACCAGGCAGCGGCCACUGCCGUCUCCCCUAGCACCUGUGUGCCCAGCCUGUACGUACGCAAGCAGCGGGCCUUGGAGGCUGAGCUGGACGCACGGCACCUGGCCCAGGCGCUUGACCACCUAGAGAAGCAGGAUCUGCCUGAGGCUGAGGCCGAGGCUACCUCCAAGAAGCCACUGCCACCCCUGCGGCACUUGGAUGGGCUGGCCCAGGACUAUGCCUCGGACUCCGGGUGCUUCGAUGACGACGACGUGCCCUCCCUGGCUGCUGUGGCUGCCACUGCCGAGCCUGCCAGCCCCACUGUGCUGUCCCUCUUUCUGGGUAGCUCCUUCCUGCAAGGCCAGGCACUGGCCCGUGCCCCACCUGCCCACCGCAGUGGCCCAGAGGUAGAGAAGGAGGCCGGUGGGGAGGUAUCUCUGGCAGCCAGGGCCAAGGCCAAGCUGGCACUGGCAGUGGCACGGAUUGACCGGCUGGUGGAGGAUAUCUCAGCCCUGCACACAUCAUCUGAUGACAGCUUCAGUCUCAGCUCUGGGGACCCUGGGCAGGAGGUGCCGAGGGAGGGCCGAGCCCAGUCCUACUCUCCUUGCUGGGGGCCUGAGGGCGGGCAGCGGGAGGCCAGCAGCCGAGCUCAUCCACUGCUGCGGCUGAAGGCAGCCCACGCCAGCCUCUCCAAUGACAGCCUUAACAGCGGCAGCACCAGCGAUGGGCACUGUCCCCGUGACCACACGCGGCCUUGCCCAUUGGCCUCGCUGGCUGAGCACCGAGAGGGGCCGCCGUGUGGCCAGGUGCGGCCCAGCCAGCUUGACCUCAACCUACUGGAUGGCCAGGCUAAGCCAGCAGCCCGGGAGGCUGCAGCCACUGAUGCAUGUGUGCGCACCAUCAAACUGUCACCCACCUACCAGCAUGUGCCACUGCUUGAGGACACAACCAAGGCUGGUGUGGGGCUCCUGGUCUCUGGGAAUAGGAAGCAGGCUUGGCUGCCUGCAGAGGGCGUGAGCAAAGUGGCUGAGAAGCUGGUGGUGGAGGCAGCACCACUCUGCCUAUCACGUUGUAGCUCCCUGUCCUCACUGUCCUCGGCUGGCCGCCCGGGCCCCAGCGAGGCAGGGGACCUGAAUGACAGUGACUCGUCCCUGGAGGGACUGGAGGAGGCUAGCCCCAGCGAGGCAGAGUUGGACCAAGCCUGGCAUGGGCCAGGGGAUACCUCCCUGCCAAUGGCUAUCCCUGCGCCGCCUCCGGGCCGGACCCUGGGGGUAGAAGAUGCCACACCAUCUAGCUCCUCAGAGAACUGCGUGCAGGAGACACCACUGGUGCUGAGCCGCUGCAGCUCAGUGAGCUCACUGGGAAGCUUUGAGAGCCCGUCCAUUGCCAGCUCAAUCCCCAGUGACCCCUGCAGCGGGCUAGGCAGUGGCACAGUCAGCCCCAGUGAGCUGCCCGAUAGCCCUGGGCAGACCAUGCCACCAAGCCGCAGCAAGACACCACCAUUGGCCCCCCCGCCUCCAGGUGAACGUGAGACCACCCAGUUCAGCCUGCAGUGGGAAAGCUAUGUGAAACGUUUCCUGGACAUCGCCGACUGCCGGGAGCGUUGCUGGCUGCCCUCUGAGCUGGAUGCUGGCAGUGUGCGCUUCACUGUAGAGAAGCCGGAUGAAAACUUUUCCUGUGCCUCCAGCCUCAGCGCACUGGCCCUGCAUGAGCACUAUGUUCAGAAGGAUGUUGAGCUGCGGCUGCUGCCCCCGGCCUGCCCUGAUCUUGGUGGUGGCAGUGGCCCUAGCCAGCACUUUGCUGGACACCGUCGGCGAGAUGAGGCCAGUGGUCGCCUUGAGGGGCCACCUGCCACCAGUCAGGAGCUGGAGAUGCUGCGGGAUUGCCUGGGCGCAGCCAUGCCUACCCGACUCUGCAAGGUGGCCUCAGCACUGGUGCCUGGCCGCUGCGCACUGCCUGUGCCCGUUUACAUGCUGGUGCCCGCUCCAGCCCGGGAGGACAACUCAUACAGUGACUUGGCUGAGGGCACGCCAGUCCACUUCAAUGUGGCCCCACUCAGCGACGAGACACUGCAAGUACCUCCCAGGAAACUGCCCGGUGGGCGUGGGGAUAGGCAGAAGCCAGCAGGCCGAGAGGCUCCUGCAAGGCAGGCUGCUGUGCAUCGGCACAGGGUUAGGGGUGUGGGCCGCAGCACGGAGCCAGCCCGGGGGACAGGAAGGAGGCGAGCAGGGCUGGAGCUGCCCCUCCGAAAGCCCCUGAGAGCUUGUGUGGACAGGGACAGCCCCCAGGUGGGUCGAACCCAUGAGGAGGGUGCAAUGCAGUCCCUGUGCCUCACCACACCCACCGAGGAAACUGUGUACUGCUUCUACAGCAAUGGCUCAGAUGAGGAGCCAUCCACAACAGCGGCGGUGGCACCCUCCCUGUGGGCACCCGCUAUUGCUCAGGCAGGGAAGAAGGAGCGCCUGGCUGGCAGGAAGAAGGCACAGGCUGUGCCCAAGGCCGCAAUGCCUGCCAGGGCCCAGCCCAGCCUCAUCGCCGAUGAGACACCACCAUGCUACUCCCUAAGCUCCUCCACCAGCUCCCUCAGUGAACCCGAGCCCGAAGCAGGCAGGCUCCAAGCCCGUGAGCCAGUGGUCACCAAGGACCCAGGCCCUGGAGGCAGGAAAGAUGGCCAUCCCAGCCCUCGGGCCAAGGUGGAGCUACUGCGGCGCUGUGUUGGCUCGGCCAUGCCUAGGCGCUGGCGGCAGGCAUCAGAUCCACGGUGUUGCAAGCCCCGAGAUGCCCAGCUGGAUGAACGGCCAGCAGAGGGGACCCAGGAGCACAGUGAGGAGGCAUCAGGGUCAGACCACGCCUCAGACCUGGACAGCGUCGAGUGGCGUGCCAUCCAGGAGGGUGCCAACUCCAUUGUCACCUGGCUGCACCAGGCAGCAGUGGCAGACACCCAAGAGGCCUCAUCUGAGUCUGACUCUCUCCUGUCCUUUAUGUCAGGGCUGUCUGUAGGCUCCACCCUGCUGCCCUCCCCACACAGGAAAGGGCGGCGACCACGGGCGGAGGGACAGGUAAGCAGUACCACUCGGCCAGAGAAACGGGAUAUGACCCUGGCCCAGCGCAGCAGCAGCCCCUGCUUGCCCUGCGGCCCCGAGAAACUGCGUGGUGCUCAGAAGACAGUGUCUGGGGUACCAGCCAUGCUCCGAGGAAGGACAGUGAUCUACGUGCCCAGCCCAGCCAGCCGGGCCCAGCCCAAAGGCACCCCUGGCCCCCGCACCACACCAAGGAAGAUAGGACCCCUGAGCCCCACACAGCCAGCAGCUCCCACCAAAGCCCUGGGCCCUGGACAGCAGCGGUCUAGGAGCCUGCACAGGCCUGGCAAGAUCUCAGAGCUUGCUGCCCUGAGCACCCCCCAGAGGAGUGCCACUCCACCAGCCCGCCUCACUAAGACUCCUUCAUCCAGCUCCUCCCAGACCUCUCCUGCCUCCCAACCCUUGCCUAAGAAGUCACUCCCAGCUUCCCAUGCUUCAGGGCCCCUGCCCAGCCCUGGGGCCUCCCGGGUGCCCAAGACACCCAUGCGGACCCUGCUGGCCAAGCAGAACAAAACGCAGAAGUCGCCCGUGCGAAUCCCCUUCAUGCAGAAACCCACCAGACGGGGACCACCACCCCUGGCCAGGGCAACCCCAGAGUCAGGCCCCAGGGUUCAGGUAGCACCCAAGGGGUGCCCAGGUGCCCGGGGGGGCCGCCUGGGCCUGGUACGCAUGGCUUCAGCCCGAUCCAGUGGCAGCGAGUCCUCCAACUGCUCGGGUUUCCGAAGGCAGUUGACCUUCAUCAAGGAAUCGCCAGGCCUGCUGCACCGCCGCCAUUUAGAAUUAUCCACUGCUGAAGCCACCUCCUCUGCCUCCCAGGGCAGCUCCCCCCGCCGCAGCAGGCCCAUGCUGCCUACUGUCUUCCUCUGCUCUUCACGCUGCAAGGAACUGCGGGCAUCCCCAGCACUGGUCCAACGGCCCCUCACAGCUCAGCCAGGUCCUGGGGAGCGGCCACCAAGGCGCACUAGCUCUGAGAGCCCAUCCCGUCUGCCCAUCCGCAAGCAGGCCACCCAACCACAGGCAGUCAAGCGCUACGCCUCUCUGCCCCAUAUCAGCAUGGCCCGAAGGCCUGAGGGUGCUGCCCCUGGUCCCAAAGCCGAUGAUGCCCACCAAAGCAGCAGUGGGGAGGCCCGACCUCUGCCCAGGGUGGCCUCACCGGGCACCACAUGGCGACGAAUUCGGGAUGAGGACGUGCCACAUAUCCUACGGAGCACACUGCCUGCCACUGCCCUUCCACUCAUAGGCACCUCACCUGAGAAGUGCCCUGGCAGCCCCCCGCAGCGCAAGACCAGUGAUGCCGUGGUCCAGACCGAGGACUUCUCUACCACCAAGACCAACUCCAGCACGUCCCCGAGCCUGGAGAGCAGGGGGCCCCCCCAGGCCCCAGCUGGCAGACCUGCACCGUUCCUCAGUAGCGAUGUGGAUAGGCCUGGCCCUGCCAAGGGGCCCACCUUGGCCCCCUUCAUCCAUGAGGGCCUGGGAGUGGCUGUGGGGGGCUUUGCUGCCAGCCGGCAUGGCUCCCCCAGCCGCUCAGCUCGAGUACCCCCUUUCAACUAUGUACCCAGCCCCAUGGUGGUGGCAACCACUGACUCGGCGGUGGAAAAAGCCCCUGCGCCCACUGACCUCCUAGAAUAGUUGCCUGGACCAGUCUUCUGGAACAUCCUCUCUCACUGGCCAUCUGGUUGCCCUGAGAGUAGUCCCAGGAACCGCCUGCUCACCCAAGUCCCACCGUUGGAGCCCACUCUAGCCCGAGGGGGCCUCAUAUCUCACACUUGCUUCUGUGCUGUGGGGACUUGAGAAGGAAUGGGCUGCUGGCUGGACUACAAGUCCUGGCCUGACCCAUGUGCAGAAACCACCCACCCACAGCCCCAUUGGGCCUAAGCCUCAGCAGGACCCUCAUCUCUGGGGAGCCAAGGGAGGUUACAGUAUUCCCCCGAGGUGGGGGAUGCAGAGGGUAGUGUCGGCUAGCAUCUGCCAGCUGGGCCCAAGGCAUCCAGUGGAGAACAAAGCCCAUAAUUAUGGGUGCAGCCGAGUAAUUUGUUAAUGAUAACUGCUGGUUUGUUUGCCUUCUUACUCCCAGCUGAGAGAGGGGUGUGGCUGAGCCCAACAGUGAGGCAGGCCUCCCCUCCACUCACCCUCCCCGCUGUUAGGUGCUAAGCCAGGGGCUGAGAGAGAAGAUGCUGUUGGAAUAGGCUGGAGAGGAGCAAGAACAGGGCAAAAGAAGACUGGGCUGGGUGAUGCAGGGCCACCCUAUGUCCUCACUCCUGGCUGGACUGGGUGCUUGUUUCAAGUAGAGGAGGAAGAGUCCAGGGAGGUAGGUAGAGUCAGGACCAGCUGUGGUGGGUGAGGUGCAGUGGGCAGGAGGAUGAGAGUCAUAGUCAAAUCCGGUUCACCCUGGUGACACACAAAAGCCCAGAUCCAUGGGAGGGCACGACUGCAGAGACUGUGGUGAAGUUGGCAACAUGGCCUUGGAAGAGGGGCAGGGCCUAGAGCCCCGGGACUGUGGCUAGGCCAGCUGGAUGUGUGGAGGCCAGGGCUUCCGCAGUGCUAGAAUGUUGGUAUCAGAGAAGGCUCAGAUGGAGGGGCACGGGGAGCCUGGUGGGCUUACCCAGGCCCCCGACAGCGUGCGUGUGUGCUGGGGAGACUGCUGAGGUUCCUGCUCGGCUUUCCGCAGACAGAGCAAAUGACCUCUUUUCUGGGGAAGUCUGGCUCUGGGAAGGAGCUGCUCUAGGCUCGCGGAUCUGCUGUCACAGCCGCAGUGCAGAGAGCUGCCCAGGAGGGGCCAGAGAGCAGAUGGCACUUGGGGAGACGGGCCACAUGGUAACAACUAGACUUUAGGUACCUUCUCUGGGAGGUGGGGAAGCAUGGUUGACGGAUGGAAGUGCAGAAGGAGCCUCUGUCCCUGCCCACAAGCACCACUGUCCCUGUCCCCUAUCCAUGGAAGGAGCUGACCCCAGAGCAGAAGUGCUUCUGCUGGACUAUCCUCAGCUCCAGGGGCCACAUUUGAUCCCAGUCCCAACAGACCAUGCUGCUGUUGCUGCUAACACAUCUCUGUCAUGCUAUAUUACAAGCCCUGGAACUUCCUGUCCUGCAGAACAGGUGCCAGGACUCUACCCCUGAAGGCCACAGGCAGGAUGCAGGAAUGGCUGGACGUACCAAGUGCUCCUCCUGUGACCAAACUUCCCAGGAUGAGCUGGCACACAGUGGACCAUAGCAAUGAGGGCUUGGCAGCAUGUUGGACACACCCACAGCUGACCCCUCGGGAUACAAUGGGGCAGGUGUUGUCUCAGAUGCAUCUCAGAAAUCACCAGUCCUUGUCCCUAUCCUUAGCCUGAAGGGGCAGGAGUAGGUGAUCUCAACUCUUGAAGUGCAGGGGCUGUCAGAUAUAUGCUCUUACACUGGCCAUGGGCCAGAUGCCCCCCAAAAUGGCCUGGUGGGAGGAGGAGACAUGCAAACGUACACCAAGCUUGCUGAUCCAUAGUGGGUCUGAAAUGGUGGGGCCUGUGGGUGGGAGCACCCAUGCACUGUGAGACCCUGGGUGGUGCUCUCAACACUCUAUGUCUCAGUUUCCCCAUGUGGGCCAUGAGGAGAACUCCCAGAGCUACCUCUAGAGCCAGAGUGGCUGCUGCAACUGGGUGAGAUGCCCAGACCCUCCCUGGCUGCCCCCUCCACCUGCCCCUUAACCUCAGACGGGGGCAGCUCCCACCUAGGCCAGCACACAGGGAGCUCAUGCCCCAUCCAUGUCCUGCAGCCACAUUUGCCUUCUCCGUUCCCAUGAUGAGGGCACAGCUACACCUCACAACCACAUGGUGUGGGGCGGUGGGGGCUCUGGGCCCUGAGAAGAGCAGUGGUCACUGGACAACGGAUUCUAGAAUGGAGCUGGAGGACUAAAGUCUUAGGACCCAAAGGACAUCUCCCAUGAAACCUUGAUCCCCUCAGGGCUGCUCGGCCACCUGGCCAUGCUGAGGGGGACCCUGUUUGCCUCCAGAGCACCCUCAGCCCAUGACCUUGGGAAACCACCAGCAGCUGAGUGCUGGAUUGAGGCAACGCUCCUGCAAGUACAGCAUUACCUCACCCCCUCUGCCCCCAGUCUGUCACCUGGCCAGUGGCCAUAACAACCCACCCUGAGCCUGGUUGUUUUGGUCCAUCCAUCUCUGUGCCCCUCGAG